UUUGUAAAUUUUUUAGUUGCAGAUUAAAUGUAAAAUACUUGAACCCAAAUUAAAAUUUAAUAUGGAAAAAUCAAUUAUAAUAUUUACAUUUUUUUUGGGAAUCACCUAUUCUUUGGAUGAUGUUAAAUGGAAUAAUUUUAAGAAUACACAUUUUAAAAGAUACAAUGACCUUGAAGACAAGCUGAGAUUUAAAAUAUUUCAAGACAGCCUUAGAGAAAUAGAAGCACACAAUAAAAAAUAUAACAAUGGAGAAGUAUCUUAUUUUCUAAAAACAACUCAGUAUGCUGACUGGACAAAUGAAGAGUUUAGAUCCCUAUUAAAUAGUAACCUUAACAAAAAACUUUACACAAAAAAGGAGAAUGUAGUGUUUAAGUCCAAGGCUGAAAUUCCGUCAUCAGUGGACUGGAGAAAUGAAAAAGCUGUAACGGCAGUUAAAGACGAAGGAACUUGCGGUUGUGGUUGGGCUUUUAGUGCGGUUGGUACCAUUGAAGGCCAGUUAGUUCUAAAAAGAAAUCAAUCUGCUACGUCUUUGAGUGUCCAGGAGUUGAUAGAUUGUUCAACUUUCAACUUUGGCUGCACCAAAGGGUACAAUCGUUUUGCAUUAAUGUAUGCGAGGGAAUUUGGAAUUAGUUCAGAUGAACAAUAUCCUUACGAAGCUAAGGACGAUACCUGCAAAAAUAUUACUGAUAAAGCUGUAAAACCCAUAGCGCAGUAUGGAACUGUCGAAGAGUCAGAAAAUUCUUUGGCUGAAGCUGUGGCUCUCAUAGGACCGAUUGCAAGCGUCGUAUAUGUUGAUGAGAACCUGGGAUGGAAACUGUAUGGUGGAGGAAUAUUUGAUAAUCCUUCAUGUACAGAUUCGAUUAAUCACGGGAUCCUGACAGUUGGAUAUGGCACUGAAGAGAAGGACUUUUGGAUUCUAAAAAAUUCGUGGGGAACCACCUGGGGAGAAAAUGGUUACAUGAGAUUAGUACGUGGAAAAAAUCAGUGCGGAAUAUAUUUAGACAAUUCAUUUGCUAUACUAGAUUCGUAAUUUUUACUUCGGUUUAUAAUAAAUCCAGUCCUACAAAACAGAAGCUGGAAUUUUGAGGAAGGAUGUUUUGUAAUAUAAUUUAUACAUCUAUUAAAAAAAAAAAGAAAUAUAAAUAUUUUAUACCUGUGUCUGUCUUUACUGUUGGUAUUACAAUUCUAUAUUGUACAUUUUUAUGUUAAGUGUUAGCGCCAGUGUGAACAUCAA